CUCAGGGUUUUUCCGGACUCGGCGACGAUCGAGCUUGGCAGUUCGUCCUCUGCGGACUUCUGAGACACUCGCUUUUUCGCUCUUCAUUCUUAUUCGCCUUUCAUUCGGCUCUGAACUGUACAUUCAAAUUUAAGACGAGUUUAUUGUCAUGAUUAUUACGCAAUUUUGCACGAUUAUUAUAACGGAAGUCACCUGUGUAAAAGUGAAAAAGAGGAUCACGUUAUUGAAAAGGAUUUGUAGUUGAAAAUUUAAUCAAGACUGUUUUUUUUUUGCAAGAGGGAGCAUAUAGAUAGGUAAAUUCGUGAACAAAAGGAGCUAUCAAUUGAUUUAAUUUAAAAUAAAUAAAAAAAACCCAGCUCAGCCAUGAAGUCGAGUGACUCGAUGCCGACCGUUGAGGAAAUCAGCGAAUCUAUGCAAAAUUUUGGAGCAGCAGAUUACACCGUUUUUACAGCGAUGCUUCUAGGCUGUGGCGCAAUUGGAAUUUAUUUUGGUUUUGUAAAUAAAUCGAUUGGCGAAGACGAGUACUUGGUUGGAGGCAGAAACAUGAAAACUUUUCCAGUGAGCCUCAGUUUAAUUGCUAGUUUCAUUUCCGGAAUUUCCCUUCUUGGGACUCCAACUGAGGUCUACGUACAUGGCACUGGAUACUUGUGCAUAGGCUUCGGGGUUAUUCUUGUUGGAUUUGUUAUGUCUAAUGUUUACUUACCGGUAUUUCAUGAACUUAAGCUUACAAGCACCUACGAAUAUUUGGAAAUGCGGUUUAAUAAGAAGAUCAGAAUAUUGGGAUCCGUCCUUUUCACCAUUGGAAUCAUAACUUGGCUUCCAAUUGUCAUAUACGUCCCAGCGUUGGCUUUUAAUCAAGUUACUGGUGUCAAUGUUCAUAUAGUAACUCCCUUCGUCUGCAUCGUUUGCAUUUUCUACACUUGUGUGGGUGGGUUACGAGCUGUAGUUUGGACCGACUUCGUUCAAACUUUCAUAAUGUUUGGUGCAAUGUUGCUUAUUGUUUGUAAAGGAACUUCUGACCUCGGAGGAUUAUCGGUCGUGAUUUUAAGAAAUCUCGAAUCUGGAAGAAUCGAAAUACCCUCAACCGAUUGGAGUCCCUUGACGAGACACACAAUUUGGGCUUUGGUAAUUGGUGGUUUCGUGCAUUGGUUGCAAAUUUCUGCAGUUAAUCAAAACAUGGUUCAACGAUACCUCGCAUUGCCAAAUCUUCAGUCAGCGAGAAAGGCUCUCUGGUGCUUUAUAGUAGGUGUUUUGACUUUAAUUGGUAUCUGUGGCUAUGCAGGAAUGCUCGCGUACGCUUGGUAUCACGAGUGCGAUCCAUUAAGCACAAAGCUGGCAAAAGCUAAAGAUCAACUUCUUCCGCUUCUAGUAAUGAAAGUUCUAGGAGAGCUUCCUGGACUGCCUGGUCUCUUCGUUGCUGGAGUUUUUAGUGCAGCCCUUAGUUCUCUAUCCACUGGUCUCAAUUCGAUGGCUGCAGUGGUAUUAGAGGAUUUUAUUAAACCUUAUCGAAAAACUCCAUUCACUCCAAGAGCUGCAGAUUUGUUGAUGAAAUUGACAGUCGUUUCGCUGGGAAUUAUUUGUGUGGGUUUGGUUUUCUUUGUUGAAAAAACUGGCUCCCAUGUUUUGCAGUUAUCCAUGAGUUUAAGUUCAAUAACGAGUGGUCCCACUCUUGGAAUCUUUAGCAUGGGCAUUUUGAUUCCUUGGGUAAAUGCAAAGGGUGCUUUAAUCGGCGGAGUUUCUGGAUUGGGAUUCAUGAGUUGGCUCUGUGUUUCAGCAGAAGCAGCAAUCGCCAGUGGAAAAAUAAGAUUCGAUGAGAAACCUGUAAGCACAGAGGGUUGCACCUACUCUUUCCAAGAAGUGAAAAAUCUUUUAUUACUGGUACCUCCAGACACUAUCCUAGAUGAUGACUCAGAACCUUGGACCCUUUAUCGAUUAAGCUAUCUUUGGUAUACUGUAACUGGAGCCUUGGUAACGAUGAGUGUUGGUCUCGUAGUUAGCUUAAUUUCAUCAGAAGACGUUGAUAAAUUAGAUCCAAUGUUGAUGGCACCAUUUCUUAGAAAAUAUCUCAAAAGAGGUGAUCCAGAUCUUGAUCAAGUCAAGGUGGCUAAACAACCAAAAUCGAAAACCAAACGAGUCAUGAAAACUUCCAAAGAGAAAAAAACUGAACUCAACUCUGGGUCCUGAAGAACUAAUAGAAAUAUAUUAAACCCAUAUAAUUAAUUAAUAAGAUUAUUAUAUAAAUUUGUUCACGAUUUGUGAAUAUGUGAUACUUCAACAAUAAAUGAUGUUACGAUUA